UGGAACGAACAGCGAACAAUCCUGUAGAAGGAAUAAACAACGAACAAUAAAUUGUGAUAUUAACCGUCUCAAGUCUAUGGUAUUAACGCAGGGAAAGCGUUAAGUGAAGAAAAAGAUUGUGAAUUGUAACCCAAGAUAGAAGAUUUUUGAUCACCGCGCUAUCGGUUUUCUAAACAUUUAUGUGACAUGUUGUAUGUUUUAAAAACAAUAAAAACUAGGGACGACAACGUACAGCUGUUUAGGAAGAUAGACUAUGGCGUCAUUUACGUUCGACACGAAUUUUAACGAAAAGGGCCCCGUAAUAACGCCUCGAAAAUAUCGUGAACUUAAGCACCAUUCCGAAGAUGACUACGAAACUCCCGACUUGGAUUUCGUCUAUGACGAUGCUGACACCCAUGCCAAUGAAAUUGCAGAGCUGUAUAGCUAUACAGAAAAACAUGAGCUCAUGUAUAAUCUUAAAGCAUUUGAAGAGCAGAUGGAACAGUACAAACUGCAACCUUGGUGGCAAACACAUCCAACCUCACAGCAGAGAUCUAUAAUUUACAAGCUGCUGGACCAGCUUGAAGUGUCGAAUAAGCAGAUCAGAAUGAAAGCCGCCUGUGCAAUUCUCUACCUGGCUCAAGGAUCCUGGGCAGAAGUACAGUCAGACAAGGAACAACAGGACUGGACGAAGACGAAUGUCAUGCUGCUGUACGAGGCUGGAGUCUUUCCAGCAUUUGUGGAAUUGCUCAACAUCGAGAUUGAAAACAGUGCAGCGGCUACGUCAGCUUCACGGAAGUUGGCUGUGAGUUUAGCGGAUUCGGUUGACCUCAGAGUGAUUCUAUCCGUUCUCUACAUCAUUACCGAAGUGAUGAGGGUCGAGGCUCUUGACAUAGAGAACAGUCCUUACAAAAAAAAUGUUGAAGCUUUUAAGGAAGAACUCAUAAAUCCAUACGGAGAAGAAUUACUGGCGGUGAAACUUCUCGGAAUGGCAACACGGUUUUGUAGCGGUUCGGCGUCACAUUUCCCCAUGAAAAAGGUUCUUCUGCUUCUCUGGAAAGUUAUCCUAGUGUCGCUUGGUGGCAUUGAAACUUUAAGGGAAUUGAAAGCCAAUUACAGAGCGGAAGCUGGAUUGGAUAUUCAGGAGGAAGACACGAUAGAAAUCGCCAAGGGAAUGAGAUCUUGUUCGCCACCUGCUAGCGCCGCUGAUCUGCUUGAAACACAGAAUCAGAAAAGAAGCGGUCGAUCUUUCCGUAGAAUGCUGAUGAAACAGAGUUCAUUAGACGAGCCAGAACUGGUGAUAGACUUGGACGGCGCCAGGGGAAAUUCGGGACUCACAGGUAACGAAGGUGACAGAGAAAUGAACGAGUACGAAGAGCAGCAAGGGUUUGAGGAUCAAUUCCAGUUCUCAACUCCCCAACAUAAUCAGACUGAGUCAAGAUCGAGCACUCCAGAAUCUACAAAAGCAAAAGUGGGACUUCCGUGGAUUCCUAAAGUAAGACAAAAGGAUGUAGACACAUUUCUUGCUGUUUCUAGAAUGAAAUUCGUCGGUUAUAAAUUGCAAGGAGAUCGUGAAAGCUUGGCUGGCCUACCACAGCCCAUUCACGAAGGUGUAAACAUUCUAAAAAAGCACUUGUACACGUCUCUGGCUGAAAUACAGAUUCAAAAGGAAGAAGAAAUGGCUAGAAAUCCGAUGAGUACACCUGAGCCGAUGCCGCGUCAGACGCCGACUGAAAUCUUAUACCAAGCAAUUCUGGCUAAUCUUCCGCAGUAUAAAAUUGCGCUCUUAAAGAUACUGCUAGCAGCUGCACCAACGAGCAAAGCCAAAACCGACACAAUUAACAUUGUGGCUGACGUUCUGCCGGAAGAAAUGCCAAUAACUGUACUGCAAUCAAUGAAGCUGGGAAUUGACGUCAGUCGUCACAAAGAAAUAAUCGUUAAGGCCGUAUCAGCGAUAUUGCUAUUGCUGUUGAAACACUUUAAGCUAAACCAUGUUUAUCAGUUCGAAUUUAUGUCCCAGCAUCUGGUAUUCGCAAACUGUAUACCUUUGGUUUUGAAAUUUUUGAAUCAGAACGUGAUGACUUACAUCGAAGCGGAAAACUUUAUCCCAAUCUUAGAUUUCCCCUCCUGCGUAAUUGGAGAUCAGCCCGAACUUACUGCAGAAACACUUGAAAUUGGGGAUGGAAAGCCUUACUGCUGGCGCAACAUAUUUUCCUGUAUCAAUCUCUUGAGAAUUCUAAACAAACUUACUAAAUGGAAGCAUAGCAGAAUAAUGAUGCUCGUGGUGUUUAAAUCCGCGCCAAUAUUGAAGCGCACUUUGAAAGUGAGACACGGAAUGAUGCAGCUGUACGUUCUGAAGCUUUUAAAAAUGCAGACUAAAUACCUAGGCAGGCAAUGGCGAAAAUCGAAUAUGAAAACGAUCAGUGCGAUUUAUGGCAAAGUCAGACAUCGCCUGAACGACGAUUGGGCUUAUGGGAAUGAUCUUGAGGCAAGACCGUGGGAUUUCCAGGAGGAAGAGUGCGCGUUGCGCGCUUGUGUAGAUCGCUUCAAUAACCGUCGUUACACAAACAACGUUAGAGACAAGGAGAUGGAACCGAUGGAUACGUUUGUCACGUCGGUUUUAGGUUCGGAUGUUGAACUCACAGAAGAAUUCAAACAACACUACGAGUUGUGGUUACAGCAGGAGGUUUUCCAAGCCAGCGUUAAUUGGGAUGAAUUGUUACAGUCCUCAAACUAUGAGGUGUAAGAAUUAAAUUAUAUUCAUUAAAAACAAUUACUUAUUGAUAUAAAUCUUGGCAUUCGUGCAAAUAAAUCGUAGGUCAUAGGUCGUCAUUGAAAUUCACGUAAUCCUGUGUAUGGCUAGUCUGGGGUCAAAGAAUCCCUGUAACAAGUCUUUUGUUUUUCAGUUGUAAAUAUUACAUAAUAAUCAAUACCUAGUAUUAUUUACAUCCAUGUAUGUAUAAUGUAUAUUUAAGUUCAACAGUCGACCCGAAACUUAUAAUCCGACCGACCCUGUAUCAUAACCGACUUUGUGACUUUUUCUGUUAUUCCAGUUUUUCUGAAUUGUUAUUAUUAUUAUUAAUCUUUAUAAUCAUAUCAACUGAUUCAACUAUCGCGACCGUCUCCUAACGAUUCAUGUUUAUUGUUCCUCCUUUCUCAGCUUUUAAAUGUACUCAGAUGACAAAAUUUCACGACAAAAUUAUUUUCUGGUUUUCUAAAAGUAUCUUGAAAGUCGUAGUUACCGACACGUUAAUGUUGAUUGCAAAAAAAAAGUAAUAUUGUUAUUAUUUGUUUCUUCUGUAUUAGCUUUAUCUUUUAAUUAUCCAAUUUACCACUGCUCCGGUGUUAAAACCAGAAAUUCGUCUAUCGAUCUUUCAUAUUUUUCAGUAGUGCAUAAUUACAUAUAUCUAAACGCAUCAAAUUCAUUGGGCAGUUUUCUUUUUGACUAAAUGAUAUUGUUUGACAUGAUUUACACCUGAAAAUUUCUUUUUCUUUUUUCUGUACAAGUAUUUAAUUUAUGUACACAAUAAGUAAAACGAACUAAACUCCGUAUUCCGUAUAAUUAAUUCGAAUUAUUCGUCAUCUGCGAGUAGGCGUGCACACGGGACGUGCAUGUAUAUUAUACCUAUAUAUUUGUAACUUGAUAAAUUUUACAAUAAAUCGUGGAAACAUAUUAAUUGAAUAAAAUAAAGCAAACUUACAGUAAA